GAGAAUGUAUAUUUCUUGUCCCAAAAACUUUGGUCCACUUCAAUUCGCAAGUGCAAUGUAGACAGGUUUCCGUACGAGAAAUUACAGAGAAACGACUUUCUCUCAACUGAACGGCUCCUCUUUGUCCAAAGUCCACACAGAUUGUUGUUUGCUUAAUUUUUUUUGCAGAACCGAACCAAAAGAAAAACAGAAAAAAUGCUUUCUGCCUGUUUGGAAUUGCUCGGCCUGGGGUUUUGCGUGUCUGGUAAUCUGCUGGUGAUGGUGGCUUGCGGCUUGCCCAUGUGGAAAGUGUCCGCUUUCAUAGAGAGCAACAUCGUUGUGGCGCAGACUAUCUGGGACGGACUGUGGAUGUCCUGCGUGGUUCAGAGCACAGGGCAGAUGCAGUGCAAGGUACACGAUUCCGUCCUGGCAUUGAACAAGGACCUGCAGAUGGGCAGAGCUCUCACGGUCAUCUCCGCUGUCUUGGGCGUGAUGGGGCUCAUCUUCGCCAUCGCCGGUGCACAGUGCACCAACUGUCUCAAAACCGAGAACAUUAAGGCGAAGGUGGUGAACGCCGGCGGGGUGAUCUACAUCAUCAGCGGCUUAUUUGUCCUGAUCCCUCUCUGCUGGAUGGCAAAUAACAUCAUCUCGGACUUCUACAGCCCGCAGGUCCCCCCAGCCAAGAAACGAGAGAUUGGGGCUGCGCUGUACAUCGGGUGGGCGGGCGCCGGGCUUCUGCUAGCUGGAGGCACCUUACUGUGCUGCUCCUGUCCCCAUCGUUUAAAGGGUUCAUAUCCUAUAAAAUACGCCCCAACAAAAAGCGUCACUCAGAACGGAGACUACGACAAACGAAAUUACGUGUAAGUGUAGGACUAUCUGACGGACAUUUUUUCUUGCCUGACUAACCUUUCAUGGAUGGCAACUGGUGGUUGCGUCGGGGUGCUGGAGCGCCCGUCCCAGUCACUCAUGGACAGCUGUCGCCUGGCGUGUUUGUGCCAUCUUUAAGUGUACCUACUGAGGCAAUGGACACAGUCAAAUUGUAGUAGCCAAUCGGAUAAGAGCCGAAUUUGGCCGAGAACUGAAAGUUAAUUGCAAUGAUAGCUUUAGAGUUAUAUUUGUGUUUUAGAAUAUUCAUUUUAAUCGGUCUAAAAUGUUGUUUGGCUUAGUGUAAGUAGACCGUUUUAUCCCAAGUAAUUAGACACGGUCUGCUUCAACGGACAGCUCCAUAUAGCCCUAAUGAAUAGCGUCCAUUGUUCGUCAAUUGCAUUCCAGCUAUGCAUAGCCUAUAUCUGGCUGCACCCUUUAUCACAACAAUUGUCCAAUUAUAGUUAUGAGUAUCCUGCGAAUGGACUGUGUAGUAAAUAUGUCUGCGAGUAUCUCUUGUAGUUUGCCUGUAUUUGGCAACGAAAUACAAACAUGAAGUUAAGAAAUUGUGUUUUUAAGUGGUUUGUAUGACCCACUGUGUUGUAGCUACAUUGUCAUUUGUCCUGUGUAUAAAUUAGCUGUAGAGUCAUUGUCUAAAUAAACUCACUGUUUUUCAAA